UCUUUCUUGAAGAAAAGCCCGCUCAUGAGCGACUUAUUUAACGAUAGAAGAGUUACAUGGGAGGAUCCUGACGGUGAGGUAGAUGUUGUGGUGGAAGAAGGCUCCUUGGCACGUGAAGAGGAAAGCGACUCUUUUCGACAAGACGAAGAGAACUAUGACGUGGAAAACUCGUCGAAAACAUGUUUUCCUGUGUGGGAAGCGAAAUGGUCGCGAAAGGCAAAAGUCGAACGAGUGUUGAGACUGCGACCGGAAACGGAGCCUCAUACGAGUGAGCCUUGGUUUUCAAGAAGUAGAAUGCGUUUGCUUGCAGACUCCCCAGCGGUGUAUUUAAUAGAUUCCAUUCUCAUUAUUAUCAACUUGCUUAUUUUUCUGUCAAAAUAUAUUGUCAUGUUCCGGACAGCUUGGACACUAGACGCAAGCAGCAGAUAUGCUUAUAUAGUUACCACGUGGCUGCAGACUGGAGCCAACUUAUUGGUGUGGACAAUAUUUAGUAUUGAAACGUUGUUACGAAUAUAUACCUGGGGCAGAGUGCAAUUUUUUAAACAAAGAUUGAAUAUUGUAGACUUUACAAUUGUUAGUUUUCUGGGUAUCACUUGUAUCAUUGAGUUGGUUCUUUUUGCCCCUGUAACACGAUCUUCGUUAGAUGUGAAUGUUGAAUGGGACGUUCAGUUGGUUCAACUUUUUCAUGUUAUAUUUUCUACUUUGCGUUUUGUGGUUGUGAUACGCCUAGGCACAGCCGAAAACUUGAGAAGAAAAGCUUAUCGCACUGCUCAAGAAAUGAAAGAAACACAAGUGGCAAGAGGACUUGAAACGUCAUGGUUAGUGAAAGAGAACGAAGUGCAGUUUGGAGAGCAAAUUGGGAUUGGAGCAGUUGGAGUGGUUUAUUUGGGUCUUUGGCAAGGAACUCUUGUAGCAGUUAAACAAGUAUUGUGUCCUCAUUUGGAUUUAGAUUCUCGUAAGACUUUGGAACAUGAAGUCCGAAUCAACUCUUUGUUGAGACAUCCAAACAUUGUUUUAUUUAUGGGAGUUAUAUUCCAUAGCGACCAAAGUAUAUCUCUACUAUCUGAAUAUUGUGAAAAAGGCAGUUUACAGCGUCUUAUUUAUGAUAAGCAAUUCGACCUCAACUACACUUUUAUUAUGAAAUUUUCGGUGGAUGCAGCUCAAGGAUUAGCUUACUUACACUCUAGAAGUCCACCUAUUCUACACAGGGACUUGAAAAGUGCGAAUCUUUUGGUAGAUUCCAGUUGGAACUUGAAGAUUGCUGAUUUUGGAAUGAGUGCAGUUCUUUCGAAUAUUCAUCAAGAUGGAGCAUUAGGAACGAUACAAUAUACGGCACCUGAAGUAUUGAGAAAUGAACGGCCUUCACAAGCUUCCGAUAUAUAUAGUUUAGGGAUGGUUCUUUGGGAAAUGGGUGCUCGAGAGUUACCUUUCAAAGGAAAGAAUAGAUAUGAGUUGUUUAUUGGCAAAGCUGAACAUGGAGUGAAACCUGAUAUUCACAAAUGUGAGUUGCGAACCAGUUGUAAAUAUAUUUCAUUAGUCAAUCGCUGUCUGUCUUUUGAACCAGGAAAGAGGCCUUCAGCUGUGAACUUGAUAGAGUUGCUUCAUCGAUUGAUUGAUGAGGACAGUGAUAUUUCUGCUGCCUUAUUAAGUUUGGGGGAAAAAGACUUGAAUACGGACUCUAUUUUGUUUAAUGGUGUAUGAGAGUUGCUGUGAUACGUUUCGUUGACAUAUGUUUGUAUAUAUGUAUGUAAUGUUUGUCUUCCAAUUAGUUUAGUUAUAAAAACGAUUCAUACGCUAUGAAUUUUCUAAAGAGU